GUUUCCGCGAUUUACUCUCCGUUUAAUUAAUCUGCAUUUAUCUGCUUUUCUGGAGUGCAUGUCGUAAGAAACUCAGGAUUCGUAGUGAACUGGAUUCCGCAACCAGUACAAAACAACCCUCUCAGGAUGGCGCAAAUGGAGAAAUCCAUUCAAUCCGCCUCAACGGUGGAAGACGACGAGCAUUACGGACCGCUGCUGAUCGGGAAGCUAGAGGGUAAUGGAAUAACGAGUGGCGAUGUUAAGAAGCUGGCCGAAGCUGGCUUCCACACGAUCGAGUCGGUGGCGUUUGCGCCGAAGAAGCAGCUGCUCACCAUCAAAGGCAUUUCGGAGGCGAAGGCGGACAAAAUACUGCAGGAAGCGACCAAACAUGUGCCGAUGGGAUUCACCACGGCCACCGAAUGGCACCAGAAGCGCUCGGAGAUCAUACAGCUAACGACGGGAUCGAAGGAGCUGGACAAGCUGCUGGGAGGCGGAAUCGAAACCGGUAGCAUUACGGAAAUGUUCGGCGAGUUCCGGACCGGUAAAACGCAACUCUGUCACACACUAGCCGUCACCUGCCAGCUUCCGGUUAGCCAGAACGGGGGUGAAGGAAAGUGCCUGUACAUCGACACGGAAGGAACGUUCCGGCCGGAACGGCUGCUAGCGACAGCCGAACGCUACAAGCUUGUCGGGACCGACGUGCUCGAUAAUGUGGCGUUCGCACGAGCCUACAAUACGGAUCAUCAGAUGCAGCUGCUUAUGCAAGCCUCGGCCAUGAUGGUCGAGUCGCGAUACGCACUGAUCAUCGUGGACAGUGCCACCAGCCUGUACCGGACGGAUUACUGUGGGCGAGGGGAGCUGGCCGCACGCCAGGGACACUUGGCAAAGUUUCUGCGCAUGCUGCUGCGGCUAGCGGACGAGUUCGGGGUUGCGGUCAUUAUCACCAAUCAAGUCGUGGCGCAAGUGGAUGGGGCGGCAAUGUUCAAUCCGGAUCCGAAGAAACCAGUCGGCGGUAAUAUCAUAGGGCACGCGUCCACUACUCGGCUUUAUCUGCGCAAGGGGCGCGGAGAGACGAGAAUAUGUAAAAUUUACGAUUCACCGUGCCUGCCGGAGAGUGAGGCAACGUUCGCCAUCAAUCCGGAUGGAGUAGGCGAUGUGAAAGAGUAGUGCUGCCGCUGUGCUGUAACGGAUUAACCGACGACUCUGUACAUUUACUGUUAUUCACAUUCGAGGAAAGAGUUCCUUUUUAAUAUUAAAUAGCCAGCUAGACCUGGCCAGGUGACGUACAAACAUACAGGGAAUAGUAUCUGUCGCUGAGAAAGAUCCAUCCGAAACGAACGAACGAACGAACUGCUGUCGCCGCUUUCUUGAUCCAGCCUACUUGAUAGAGAGCUACC